UUGCCUCACAUCGAUGUUUGACCACCGGACAUUGGACAAGGUCGCUGAGACGGAAGAUGCUCGAAUAAUUUGCCGACUAGAUAUAUAAAUAAGCCUAGGGGCGCACCAUGCCCACAGUUCAUGUGCUUCCCCUCCAAACGGACAAAGUCGAACGUAGAAGAUCAACCGUCUUCUACUCCAAAGCCCCAGCCCAGUUCUCAACAGCCCCAGGCGCCUGCUACCACUACAACCUCUUCCACCGUAAACAGUCCGAAGAUGGCCCCUAGAGUUGCCAUAAUCAUCUACUCGAUGUAUGGCCACAUUGCUAAGAUGGCAGAAGCUGUCAAGUCUGGUGUCGAGUCGGCGGGUGGCACGGUCACUAUCUAUCAGAUCCCUGAAACCCUUUCAGAGGAAAUUUUGGCUAAACUCCACGCGCCCCCUAAGCCCCCGUAUCCGAUCAUCAAUCCCAACGACCUGACCAACUUUGACGCGUUCCUACUGGGUAUCCCUACUCGCUACGGUAAUUUCCCAGGCCAGUGGAAGGCCUUCUGGGAUGCGACUGGUAGUUUAUGGGGUCAGGGUGCAUUGUAUGGCAAGUACGCGGGGAUUUUCGUGAGCACCGCAUCGCCUGGUGGUGGGCAGGAGAUGACUGCAUCGAACGCAAUCUCUACGCUCACACAUCACGGCAUUGUGUUCGUUCCCUUCGGAUACAAGAACGCGUUUGGCCAUCUCACAAACCUUAAUGAGGUACAUGGUGGCUCUCCUUGGGGAGCUGGUACUUUCGCGGGUGGCGAUGGCUCGCGCCAGCCGAGUGCUCUUGAACUCGAAAUUGCAACUAUCCAGGGAAAAACGUUCUAUGAACUCGUAACAAAGGUCACUUUCUAGUCAUCCCACAGACUUACAUUCGCUAUGUGUCGAACAAUCGAGCCGUGCUUCAACCGCACAAUGCUAUUUCUGCCGGAAGAACAAGGACAUUUGCGAUACACCCAUGCUCUCUAUAUAGAUUACCUCCGCC